GCAGCAGUUAUCAAGUAGUAACAACUACUCCUCAAUUCAUUUGUAUAAAGAUUAUAAAAAUACAUAUUGUAAAAGCGUAAAAUUCAAAUAAAUGUGAAAAUAAACCAUAAGAUGACGCCACACAGGCAUUUGUUGUCUUAGACUUAUAAAUGUACAACAUGGCAAAUUUUAUGUUCACAAUAAUACAUUUUAAUCUGUAAUUUCUAAAAUUAGAGUGAAUUCACUUCUUAUAAAAUUCAAAGGCAAGAAUACUAUCUAGGGCAUCUUGGAGAAUUUUAUCGAUAUUAUUUUUAAUUAAGUUAUGGCCAUUUUUAAGCUGUAUGUUUUUUGUAUUUUAAAUAAUAUGUUGUAGAGCAACAUAUUUGCUUUAAUCUUCAACAUUUAGGUUGGUUCUUUUUUAGGUAGCAAAUGUUAUAACAAUAAAUUAUACUAUAAUAUAAUUUAAUGCAUUCAUGUACAUUAUACAGAACUUCUCAUGAGAAAAUAACCGUUAAAAAAUAGUAUGCUUAUUUAGAUACAUUUUGUACAUGUAUAUUUAAAAAAAUAUAAUACAGUAUGAAAAAUGAAAAUAUUAACUGUCUUUUUGAAAAGAGUAGUUAACUUUUUUAAUACUGACUAGGAUUCUAAAAUUUACUGAGGUGAUAUCUUCCUUAUCGGGUUCUGAUCAUUUUAACCAAAUUGUUAUUCCUUUUUUAAAAUUACAUAGAAUGGCAGAAAAUAAUUUCUAUGCCAAGCCUACUAUAUUGGGUAUUCAUAUUAUUAUGAAAAGUUAAACAGUGAAGAUAAGAAAUAUAGUUAAUAAUGUUAUACAUGGGCAACUAAAAUUUCACUCAACAUUUAGUUAUUCUUACUGUUCGGUAUGGAGGUUGAUGUACUAAAGAUUUUUCCAUAUCAAACUAAAGCAACAUUAAUUGUACGUUUAUAUUAAUUUUGUGAAUCAAUUUAAGUACUUUUUCAAGAUGAGUGGUGUUUACUGUAUAGCAUGUAAAAGCAGGUACGAUACCUUGGAACGUUACAUGUUUCAUCGAUUUCCUAAGGAUGUUGAAAGGUGCAAAGAAUGGGCUCUACUAAGUCACUGUCCAAACUUAGCAUAUAUGGAACCAGGAGCAUUUUAUCGUACUUACAGACUGUGCUCUGCUCACUUUAAUCCGUCACAAUACAUGGGAAAAUGUCUCAUUAACAAUGCUAAGCCAUCAAUAUUUAAUUGGUCUGAUUCAAGUAAAAUUGACACUAAAAGCAAUAUAGUUUUUGACCCUGAAGAAAUCAAAACAUUGUCUAGCCAGAUUAAAGAGUACACAAACAUUAUGAAUAAUCCAAAGAGAUUUAAGAAAUUUGAUGAGAGUAAUAUAUAUAGUAGCUUCAUCACUGAGCCUAAUACUUUUUAUGACAACCAACAACCAUUAUUUAAGCAGUUUUUUAUAAAAACUGAAAUGGAAAACAUAAAUAAUAUUGAUAUUAAAGUGGAGAACUUAACACAUUUGAUUGAUCAUAACUAUUAUGUUUCUCCUGUUACAUAUACCAUUAACAUUUAUGAUAAAAGUAGGAUUAAUGGACAUUUGUUAGACCACAAUUACUUUUCACAAGUUUCAGAUACAAAUAUUCAUUGGGAUAAAAAGAGGAAUAAUCAACAUUUGUUAGAACAUAACUAUUUUUUACCAGUUUUUAAUUUCAAAAUAAUAAGAGAAAUUUUACACUCAGAUGAUACCAGUAAAGAAGAAGAUCUCAAUGUUCAUACAUACGAGAAACCUGUUUCAUAUUCAAUAUUGCCUGGUGUUCGCCUAAACUCACAAGUUUAUAUGGACAAUUUGAACUACAGAUAUUAUAAACAUUCAAGUCGGAACCAUGUAAUAUAUUUAGUUUGUGAAAAUCAAAAAAAUAAAACAGAAUUUUGCCCAGUAAUGGCAUCUAUAAGUGUAGAUAUGAAUAACAGUAGAAUAAAAACAACUGGGCAACAUAACCACCUACCUCGGCAAGUGGACAUUUCCAUGGUAAAUUUAAGAAGAGCGAUUGGUCUACAAGCAACAAGAACUGAAUCACUGUCUAUACCAAUUAAACAGUUAUACAACCAAGAAAUAAUCAUAAAUCCAGAAGGUGCUAAAAAUUAUUCUUUAUCACAGUCACAAUUGUGUGUAAGAAGAAUGCGUCAACGUCGUAAAGUGUCUUCAAUUAUUUGAAAUGCACCAGGUUCCAUGAAUUAUGUAUAUUAGUCUUUAUUACUAUCACAAUUUUUCUUUAGGUAAAAUAUUUUUUGUGUAAUAAACAUACUUAAUGAAAUGACUUAACUGAAAAUAUGCUUGAAACCUAGUCUUUAUUUAUGUUAUCAACCAAAGCCAAUGGACUGCUAACUUUUUUGUAUUGUAAAAAUGACCAUGUAUAAUUUAAUGUAAAUAUAUUUUUGUUGUAUUUUUAAUGUUUAAUUUACCUAUUUUUAAAUGUACAUUGAGUCAAAAAAUGUCAAUGUCACUGUUGAUGCUCUUUUUUUAUUUGUAACAUACUGUUUUAUACAUUGUUGUAUGGUGUCCAAAAAAACUUACAUUAUAGAUGAAUUGCUUUUAUUAUAGUUGUAUAACAAACAUUCAAAUUAUAACUGAUGUAAUGUGGGAAAUUAAUAUUUUUAUGAGAACACUAAGUAA